AUGUACUGGCCCAAUGGAGUUCCGCGGGUCUAUGCGAUCAAUGGCCCCGACAUUCCUCCCAUUUCAAAUGAUGAGAUAGAGCAGGACGAGCAAAGAAACUCUGAAGAGGAGCAACUUCGGUCAAGUCAAGAUGCCACGGGAGAUCCACCCAUAUCGGACACGACCUGGGCCAAUGAAGCCAUUACUGGACUGUGUGUCUCCAGGAGCGGUCACAUAUUUGCGACGAUGACCGAUUUAACAAUUGCUAUCUGGCAGACUAGACCUACCGCCGUUGUUGCUGGAAUUGCUCGCUCUGCUUCUUCAUUAGAGACAUAUGGAGCUAAUGUGGCUAUCCUUAUGCAUCCGGACUCGACGAUACUUGUUGUUCAAACGCUCGGCGGGUAUCUACUUACUUAUACCAUUACGACUGACCCAAACACUCGGGUAUAUCAACAGCGCUUCGACCAGUCAGGUCAGAACCGACGUCAGCAGAUCGCUCGUCUGUCUGCAGGGGACGAUGCCAACAGUAUCCGCGAUGUCAGUAUUCGGUUUAGGAUGGCGAUCAAGAUUGAGUCAGGUAUUGUCAAAGCGCUAGCCCUCGACAAUGAGCUUGUUGUCGCUACAGUCAAGCCAGCGGCCAUCCAAUGUAUUCGAUGGACUCCUGAUGCCAGCGGUACCCAAACUACGUCAGAGAUGUUGAGUCGGGUUCUCAAUGUCUCAAAGCGAACCUCUAUCGUGGACAUGGUGUACGACCGAGCUAUAAAUCUACUGGUUUGGGUGACCAGUGAUGGACAGGCGUAUGCUGUACAACGAGUGCUGGAGAAUAGCAGCACAACAGAAGGUCAUAAGAAACUUUUCCAUGGCCACUGCUUUCACAACCCAAAUAACGAUGACGAGAAGGCAGUCAAGGUUGCCAUCAAUGCGCGGUUCUCUCUGAUUACCGUGAAUUGCGUCAGUGGUGAUAUCCUUGUCUACACAGCCAAAGACUACCUUGGAAAUGUUCCACUAUCACAAAAGCUCCAAUUACCAGCAUCACAUACCGCUACCGGUAGCUUGAAUUUUAUGUCCUACUCUCCUGAUGGAUACUGUCUUUUUGCGGGUUACGAAAAUGGCUGGACAACAUGGAGCGUGUUUGGCAAGCCUGGUGGGAAUAGCUUUUCAGUGGAUCGAUCGCUCGCUGCAACCAAUUCUGAAGAUUGGCUGAACGGAGUAUCGAACGGAUGCUGGAUAGGUGGAGGCUCGGACGUUAUAUUGACAGCACAGAAUGACCGUCGACUUUGGAUUCUGGAAACCGCACGAAGUGCCCUUACAGGGUGCUUCUCGUCAGCCAAUAUGGCCAGAGGCCUCUUGCAGACUGGCACGGAGGUAAUUCUUUAUCGUGGUCAUGACCUACCAGAUCUUACGACAAUAUCUGGCAAAGACUCUUUGUGGCAUCAUGCGCAGUACCCACCAGAAUAUCUUCAUUCUCAGUGGCCGAUACGUUCGAGUGUCGUGUCCCAGGAUGGGCGGUAUAUAGCUAUUGCGGGGAGAAGGGGCCUUGCACACUAUAGUGUGAACAGUGGUCGCUGGAAAGUCUUUGAGGACCCGAAGACCGAAAAUUCAUUUGCGGUGCGGGGAGGUAUGUGCUGGUAUGGGCAUAUCUUGAUUGCCGCCGUUGAAAGCGACGGCUCCUAUCAGCUUCGUUUAUAUUCCCGAGAACUCCCUCUGAACAAGCAUUCGAUUUUGCACAUCGAAUACCUUCCCUCGCCUGUGGUCUUUAUUGGGCCAUCGGGAGAAGAUUCCCUUCUCGUCUAUACUUACGACAACAUUCUGUACCAUUAUAUCAUUAAUUCUAUGCAAGCGCGCAUUACCCUUGUCCCUGUGGGCCAAAUUGCUUUUCAUGGUAUCGUGCGGGCACCUACCAGAGUUCGGGCCAUCAGCUGGGUCCUGCCGGAAGAUCAGAUGCGUAACGGAGAUCCGUCUCAGGACGUCAAAGUGGCAUCCGUGCUGCUCCUGGUCGACGGAAACAUGGUUCUCCUACAGCCAUCGUUGACCGAAUCGGGCGAACUGAAAUAUGACAUGCGAGUUAUAUCCCACGAUGUCGAGUACUACAUCUUAAUGCGAGAUCAGCUUUCAUUUAAUUUCGCACCCCCUGUGGACGAGUCUGUUCCGGCCAGUCCUUCGGCCGAAAUCGCACUGAACACAUAUCACCGUGGCGAUCAAUCAUUGCGAGACUCUCUCUGGAUGUUCUGCGACAAGGAAUUGCUAAUCUGGGGCGAUGUACAUGAAGUUUUGCAGCGUGAGGAAGUGCCAAAACCUAUUGAAGUUCCUCUUGACUUCUAUCCUCUGUCGGUGCUCCUAAACAAGGGUAUUGUUCUAGGCGUCGAGUCAGAAAUGACUCAGAGACGCGACACCACUUUUGCCACCCUAAAGUUCGCUAUUAGGACUAACUUGUUCCUUCCAUACGUCUUGCAACAUGACCUUGUCCAAGGGGACAUGUCGGCCGCACUCGUGCUAUGUCAGCGUUUCUCACACUUGUCGUAUUUCCCACAUGCGCUAGAAAUGCUCCUGCAUCAUGUUUUGGACGACGAGGUCGAUAAUGAGAGAAAGGAAAGCAAGUUGGAUGACCCCUCCCAGAAACACGAGCCACUACUUCCAUUGGUCAUAUCAUUCCUUCAGACAUCACUUCCAAGCCGAGUCUUUCUGGAUAUUGUGGUCCAGUGCACGAGAAAGACAGAGCUUCGGUCGUGGCGCACACUUUUUACCUACCUUCCUCCACCGAAGGAUCUUUUCGAACAGGCUCUGAAGCUCAAUUCGUUGAAGACUGCUGUUGGCUAUCUGCUUGUUCUGCAAGCAUUUGAAGACGAAGUAGACGACGACCACGAGGCACCGAUAGAAGAUUACGUUGUCCGCUUGAUCGGCCUUGCAUCACAGAAGGGCGACUGGGAGCUGUGUGGCGAGCUGGCACGGUUCCUGAUUGCUCUUGAUGCGUCGGGAGACAUGCUUCGGCGCGCCAUCUCGCGGGUGGGCUUGAGGAUUACAGGUCAAUCGACAACCGGGCUGAACUUGAACGGCUCAAGCGCCAGUGUCAAGGGACUGGGGUUGAGUAUCCAUACACCCCCGUGGCCAAUGUCACGCACACCUUCUAUCUCGCCGCACUCACACCAGCGGAUGGACCAAGAAGACCAAGGGUCUACCGCGGACAACGGAACAGACACCCAAAAUGCAUUCUCUGCAGCUAGUCACUAG